AAAGGAAAAGGAAAAGCUCGAAAGCUAAAAAAAAAAAUCUUUCGGAGGAAAGAGAUUGGCCUCCGCCUCCUCCAAACUGAAGCCACGGUGGCGGCCGUUGCGCGGCACCGUCUUCGACAGUUCGACCUCGCCGGCGAGACUCAAGCACGCGGCAAUGGCGGCGGCGUCCGGUGACGGCGAAGCGGAGACGCUCCUUUCGACCUUCGACCAAAUCUAUGACGUAAAGGAUUUUGAGAGAGGAGCGGCGGAGAUCCAGUCGCUGAGGUUGAGCUGCGAUGCGGAGGUUAAGAGGCGGGAAGCUCUUGAAAUCGCUUGCGACGGCCUAAGACGAGACAAUGAGAGGCUGACAAAGCUGUACUCAAGUUGCAUGAACAAUCUGGCUGAUCAGCUCGAAAGUCGCACUAAGUGCCAGAGAUUGGAAGAGGAAAUAAAGAGGCUGAUUGAUGAACACCAGUGUAAAGCAAACGAGCAAAUUGGAUCCAUAGAAUUGCUGCAACAAGAUUAUACAACUAAGGUUGAGGAGUUAGAGGCCCAGAUUAGAGGCUUUCAAACUGAGAAAGCAUCGCAUGAAACAACCAUUUAUCAACUCCGCCAUGAGUUAACAACACAUAAAAUCCAUAUCCAAGCUCUAGCAAGCAGGUUAGAGCAGCUCCAUUUUGACUUGGAUUUGAAAUAUCAACUCGAGAUUCAGGAUUUGAAGGACUGUCUUCUACUUGAGCAGGAGGAGAAGAAAGACUUGAUCAAGAAACUUCAUAAUCUGGAAAAGGAAUUGCUUAUAACCAGAACAAAGUUUGCUCAAGAGCAACGGGAUUCAGCUACAAAUCGACAGGUGGAAACACUUAAGCAGAAGGUUAUGAACUUAAGGAGGGAAAAUGAAAUUCUGAAGAGGAAGCUCCCUGCUUCAGAAGAGGGGUAGAGUCUGUCUCGGAUAAAUCGCAGUACUUCUGCAUUUUGGACAUAAUCAUUCGACCCCCUCUUACCCCUGAUUUUGUUCGUAAGUGGAAUAGCUGCAACUGUAAUUGAGGGGAUCCUGUUUUACUGGUUUCAAGAGGCAUCUUGACCAUCUUCUCUAGAGAGGAAAUAUGUCCCGAAGUUCUGUUUCAUUAGAAUUUCAGGAUGACCUAAUGAACCAAGGGACAGGGGAGUCCUCCUGUUUCUGUGUGUGCUUUUGGCAAUGACUAUGGAACUUGUAUAUACAUUUAUCCAGAUUUCAGGACUAGCUUGGAGCUUGGCAUC